AUGGUGGAUCUAGAGCAAUCUUCGCCAUCCUCAAAUCCCGGGCUUUUACGCAAGCGCCGCCGCGCAAAGGUUGCCUGCGAGUCAUGCCGUACACGCAAGCGGAAAUGCGAUGGCCAGGAGCCCUGCGGGACAUGUGUACAGCUCGAGUAUGAUUGUCACUAUUGCCCUACAUUAAAAGCAUCAAAAAGAACACCAGAUAUAGCCAGGGAUGAACAGGCUAGUACGAAUCCAGCAGAGCCCCCGGGAGCUGGUCAAAAUCCGGUUGCUGAUAGUAGCAAUACGGUGGAGCCUCCAUAUCUGCUGAACCUUGAGAAUCAUGCUCGAAUUUACGAGCACGAAUCACAAGUGACAUAUCCAUUGUUUCUUCAGAACCAAGCCGAGCCCAGCAGCUGUGCAUGUCUCUCCUUGCUUUAUCUUAUGAUGGAACAACUCCGGGCCAAAGAUCGAAUCGCCGUGCCAGGUGACUUGGUCCUGCUCAGAAACUGCGUCAGUUCCUCAAAGCAAGUCUUGUAUUGCCAAGAGUGCCCCCGCCGUUACUUGUCCAUCGUUCAAAACGGCACCAUGCUCGGCGUGUUAUGUAUGUGCAUCGCGGCAUGCUAUGCACGAGCCCUCGAGGCAAUUGAUGCAGAAGCGAAACAGGCGUCUGAUGCCAAUGAGCAGAAGCAACUCUGCAUCUCAGCCUCGAGUCCUGAAGCAUUACACGAUCCUUCUUCAUUAGGGAAUGUGAUACCGUCUUUCUCAGUGGAGAUCGCCGCUUCGGAAUGGGCGAAUAUCAUGCGCAGAACUGUAAAAGUGGAGAUCUUCGGUAGUGGGCCUAGUAAGGAGAACUGUUUCAUGUCUUUCAUCGACACUUUACAAGAGCGUCAGAGGGGCUGGCAUCAGAUACCUCCCGCCCCUGACUGUCCGUCAACGUACCAAUCGCUAUGUGAUAUGGCCGGUCCAGAGCCAGUGUGCCUUGUUAUUGUCAACGAAGCAAAGAAGCUCGUUAAUGGCUUCAAGUUCUGA